AUGUCAUGGCGUUCAGCAUUAUGCACUGCUUCUAAAACACUUAUCGGCUCGCAUGGCUUACAUCUUUCGCUGAGGACUACAGCAGCUUCUGCAUCACGUGAUGUAUUGGGUAAUAUUUCUGCACCCCAGAUUACAUCCUUAAAGAAUGGAUUUCGUAUUGUCACAGAAACUAGCGAACUACCAACUGUCGCUGUUGGCGUUUGGAUCAAUUCCGGAAGUCGUUUUGAAAAUGAGGGAAAUAAUGGAAUUGCAAAUUUCUUAGAACAUAUGAUGUAUCGUGGCACAGGAAAACGGUCGCAAACAGAACUGGAGAUAGAAUUGGAGAAGAUCGGUGCAAGAUUUGAUUCAUAUACUUCCAGAGAACAUAAUGCGUUUUAUAUACAAUGCGUCCCAAAAGAUAUAGAAAAUGUGGUGGCAUUGCUAGCUGAUGUGCUACAAAACAGUAAAUUAGACCAAGCGGCUUUGGAAACGGAACGUACUCGAAUUUUGCGUGAAAUAAAUAACACGGCUGAAGAUCAUAGCGAAGUGGUUUUUGAUUACCUUCACAAUGCUGCUUUUCAAGGAACACCUAUGGCUAAAUCUAUUUACGGUACAGAACAUACAGUGAGGAAUUUGACACAGAGUGAUUUGCGCAAAUAUGUCGAUGCUCUGUAUAGACCAUCUCGAAUGGUACUGAGUGCAGUUGGUAACAUUGAACAUUCUAAGAUUGCAAAUCUUGCUGAACAAUAUUUUGGUAAUCUUUCAACUGGCCAGUCAGGAAAUGCUUCUGAUUCGAAAGGAAUUCGUUUCACGGGAAGCGAGUUCUUGUAUCGAAAUGAUAAUAUACCUUUCAUGUAUGGUGCACUGGCAGUUGAAGGUGUUGGUUUUACUCAUCCCGAUGCUAUUCCAUUAAAGAUUGCAAGUACGAUGAUUGGUGAUUGGGAUUGUACACAGCUCUCAUCAACCAAUGCUACCACUGCUGUUACACAGAAAAUUUCUACAGGAUACGGUGUGCAUCAAUUGAAAUCGUUUUCCAUCAAUUAUGGCGAUUGCGGUUUGUUUGGAUUCUAUAUCGUUAUGAACGGUAGCGAUGUAGCAUCUACGACAUUCGGUAUGAAGGAAGUUAUUCGGGGUUGGAAAAAACUGGCUGUAGGAGUAUCUGAGGAAGAAGUUGAACGAGGCAGAAAUAUGUAUAAAACGGUAGUAUUUUCAACGUUGGAAUCAAGCGUUACACGUGCUGAUGAUAUUGCUAAACAGGUUCUUUAUACUGGUACAGUGCAGUCAUUGUCCGAUUUUGAAAAUUCUAUUGAUAGUGUGGAUAAGGAGACUAUAAGUGAAGCUAUAAAUAAGCACGUCUAUGAUCGAGACCUUGCAGUCGCAGGAGUAUGUGGAAAUCAGCCAAUUGGAUGUUUGCAAAUAUCAGUUCCCACGAAGAGUAAGAAUGAUACUGUUCCAGUGAUAGUAUCAUCUAACCGAAAUUCAGAGCUAGAUGCCCCAUCCUCGGGCCACAUGCUCUCUACGAUAUCUGUUAAACGGAUUGUAGCAACAUCACGUCGUUUAAUUCACACCGAUGUAACAUUUCCCAAAUACCAUGACAAUGAGCGAUCGAAGGCAGCUAUUGACUCAACAAAGGCGGCUAGAGAUACUGAGGAUUACCGCCGUGUAACAGCUCAAGGACUGUUGUUCGGAGUAAACGGAGCUGUUUAUCUCUAUAUGGCUACGAAGUUUGUACAGUCACUUGUCAUUUACAAAAGUAUGCCAGCCGAUCAGUUAGCUAUGGCAAAUACAGAAAUUGAUCUGAACGAAAUCCCUGAAGGACAGUGCAAAACAUAUACUUGGCGCGGGAAACCACUGUUUGUUGCUCAUCGUACCCAAGAUGAUAUCGGAAAAGCAAAAAAUGUGAAUUUAAACGAAUUGCGCGAUCCACAGACUGAUGACGAACGAGUAAAGAAAGAUGAAUGGCUUGUGACUAUUGGUGUUUGCCCUCAUCUUGGAUGUGUUCCGCUAGCAGGAAAAGGAGAUUUUGGUGGUUAUUACUGUCCAUGCCAUGGUUCGACAUUUGACACCUCUGGUCGUAUACGUCUGGGACCCGCACCAACUAAUCUUGAAGUGCCACCUUACCAAAUCACUGAUGAUAAUAAAUUGAUUGUGGGCGACUGA